GUGCCGUGGUCCCCGCAACGGACCCCUGAGAAUGGCUCAUUUUGGUGCCCCCACGGUCUCUCGCCCGUGAUCGCAACUCUUUUUUGAACCUCCAACCCCGUACAUGAACUCGCGGUCCGCCCACCGCCGCUCCAUGCCCUCGCGCGACACAUCCAGUACGCGAGCUCUCGAGGACGUAGCGGCACGACUUACGACUCCCCCCGACAUGGUAUCCGUGCCGUCCUGAGCCCGCCCUGGCACCACCACCACCACCAACCACCGCCACCACGAUGUCCGUCACUCUGCAUACCACCCAGGGCGAUCUCAAGAUUGAGGUCUUCUGCGAGAGCGUGCCCAAAACCGCCGAGAACUUCCUCGCCCUCUGCGCCUCCCACUACUACGACCGGUCGCCCUUCCACCGCCUGAUCCCGGGCUUCAUGGCGCAGGCGGGCGCGCCCGCCGACCCGACGCCGGACAACCCGAAGGGCGGGCGGUCGAUCUGGGGCGGCGCCUUCGCGGACGAGAUCCGGCCCGCGCUGCGGCACAACGCGCGCGGCGUCGUGUCCAUGGCCAACAAGGGCCCUGCCACCAACGGCUCGCAGUUCUUCAUCCUCUUCGACAAGGCGCCCCACCUCGACGGGCUCAACACCGUCUUCGGCAAGCUCAUCGGCGACGAGAGCCUCGCUACCCUGGCCAAGCUCGAAGCCCUCGAGGUCGACAAGAAGAACCGUCCCAAGGACAAGGUGCUCAUCGAAAGCGUCACUAUCCACGCCAACCCGCUCGCCACCUGACCCCUCCCAAGGCCAGGCCUAGCUCAAGAGGCCCAUAUGCAAAGCCGAGGCACGGAAUCUGACGUCGCGUCGGCGGUCCUGCAUCUCAUCUACGCCCUGUGCCACGACCGCACUUGACACCUAACCAGACUACAGUCUUGGUAGGCUAUGCUAGCAAACCGCGCGUCGAGCUAUGCCUUCCCGAUACGCCCGUA